GAAUAUCUGUGAGUUGGUGCAGGGGAAUUGCGAGUGGGACAGUGUGGUAUACAGCAUUCGAUGGAGUUAGAGGUGAAAGUGGUGGGAGGCAUAGACAACUGUUUCGCAUCUCUUCCUCUGUCUCUAAUCCAAACUCUUCAGUCCACGCGAUCAACACCGCUUCCUCAAAUUCUGGCUCUGGAGCUUCGCUCUCACACUCAGCCUCCACACUCGUGGUUCGUUGCUUGGUCCGGUGCCAGUUCUUCUUCUUCCGCCAUAGAGGUUUCGACGCGAUUUGCGGAGUGCGUUUCGUUGCCAAAUCAUGCUAGAGUUCAAGUCAGAGUUGCUUCUAAUGUGCCACAUGCUUCUCUGGUCACCGUAGAGCCACACACAGAAGAUGACUGGGAAAUCUUGGAGCUUAAUUGUGACCAAGCUGAGGCUACACUCCUCAACCAGGUUAGGAUUGUCCACGAAGGGAUGAAAUUUCCUUUGUGGUUGCAUGGUCAUACUGUCAUCACAUUCCAAGUGGAUUCUGUUUUUCCGAAGAACGUGUGUAACUUAAUCCCUCUUGAACUGCUGUGGCAAACAUGAUAGAGAUGUAGCUAUCAAUAUAGAUGCCAAAGCAAAAAUGCAACCUAUGUUCUUCAUGAUCAGGAGUUUUCUUUUCUUUCAUUUGAAAUAAAGAUAUUUAUUUUUGAACGUCAUUUGUUUGAGGUUCUGUUUGGUAUGCUUCUCAUGUUGCUUCAAGAGAACUACUAUCUCUCAAAUGUUAUUUCUUUUCAGUAUUACUAUAAAACAUGAUUGAACACAUUUAAAAUGUUAUUAAGUAGCUGGAUAUCUCAUGUUGAGCGUAGGUGAGAAUGGUUGUAUUAGUUAUUCUCUUCCUCUGUGCAUUCUUGCAGUUCCAGUGUAAAAAUAUCUCUUUUGAUUGCCAGUCUAACAUGUGAAAUUUUGUCAGUGCAACUCAAGCCAGGAACUGAAGUUGCUGUUGCUCCAAAAAGACGCAAAAGAAUUUCCUAUUCAGCAGGAGAUUCACAUCUCUACUCCUGUAAUAAAGAGCAUACUGCUAAGAUGCUGCUCCGUUUACAAGAUCCAGAUGGGUUAUGUACUACCAGUACUCAUUUCAAAGGAGUUGAGCUUCAUAUGGAGCUUACUUCUGUUGCUUUUGUUCACCCAGAAACAGCCAAACAAUACUCAUUCAACAUGCUUCAGUUGGUUUCAAUAAUGCCCAGAGUGUCCAAGGAAAAUGUUUUUUCCCAGACUAAUAUUAUGAAAGCCAAAAAUGGUUCAGCUACUAAUGAAGUUGAGAAUGGAUAUACGGACAAGAAAGAAUAUCAACAAGCAAUUGUUCAGCUGUUGACUUCAGAAUCUGUGGCUGAAGGACAUGUGAUGGUAGCAAAGUCUCUUCGCCUUUAUUUGAGAGCUACCCUGCAUUCAUGGGUUUAUUUGAAAGCAUGUGAUAUUAUUUUGGAAAAAAAUAUUCCUUCCAUCUCUCUUUUUCCUUGUCAAUUCAAACUGUUAAGGAAGGAGAAUAAUGCUGAGAAAGAUGGUUUAGAAGUUUUUCGUGGCCCCAAGAAUCACAUUGAUAAAAAUUUGCAUGCAAAUGCUAUGUCGGGUGUCUUUGUGGAUACAAUAGAUUGGUCAAUCCAAAAUGAAGUUGUAGCAGCUCUUUCUGAUGAAUCUGAUUACAAUGCAGAGGAAGAGGCUACAAAUCAGUCUCAGAAUAAAAAAGGAUUACAGAGUCUUGUACGACUAUGGUAUAUUGCACAACUUAAGGCAAUUACUUCGAUUACGGGUAUGGAGGUUAGUUCAUUGGUUUUGGGUAAUAAAACCUUGCUUCAAUUUGAAUUAAGCUGUUGCAAACUUGCAAGUAAUGGGAAGGUUCAGCCAGCCUAUAAUUCUUCAGAGAACAGUGGCAAGACAGCUGAAAUGUUAUUUUUAUUGAACAUUGGUGAAGAAUAUCUGCAUCAUGGGAAACUUAAUGCAUAUGAAGUUGCUCUUGGUGAAAGACUCAAUAACAUCAAUAUUGGGGAUCUGAAGCUUUUUGAAAGGAUAAAGUAUGGCAAUCCUGUGUCUAUUCAUUCUAUAGAAGAGAGAGCCUCUGAAGACCACAGUAGUUCAAAUGUAUCUUCCCUUGGCUGGAUGGAGAAAACUGCUUCUGAUGUUAUCAACAGGAUGUUGAUAUUGUUAUGUUCAGCAUCUGGUUUGUGGUUUGGCUCACACAACUUGCCACUCCCUGGACAUGUUCUAAUAUAUGGACCUCCGGGCUCUGGGAAAACUAUAUUAGCAAGGACUGUGGCAAAAUCCCUUGAGAAUCGUGAAGACAUCUUAGCACACAUGAUUUUUGUUUCCUGCUCAAAACUUGCCCUGGAGAAGGUCCCAAUUAUUCGCCAAGAACUUGCAAACCAUGUAACUGAAGCUUUAAAUCAUGCUCCUUCGGUUGUUAUCUUUGAUGAUCUUGAUAGCAUAAUUUCUAACCCCGACUCUGAAGGACCUCAGCCUUCAAUGUCUGUCACUGGACUUGCAGAUUUUCUGGUUGACAUCAUGGAUGAAUAUGGGGAGAAGAGGCGAAGAUCAUGUGGAUUUGGACCAACAGCCUUCAUAGCUUGCAUACAAUCCCUAGAGAAGAUACCACAAUCUUUGAGUUCUUCAGGACGUUUUGACUUUCACAUAAAGCUGCCUGCUCCUGCAGCUUCUGAGCGCAGGGCUAUGUUGAAGAAUGAAAUACAAAGGCGUCACUUGCAGUGCAAUGAUGACAUCCUGCUUGAUGUGGCUGUAAAAUGUGAUGGUUAUGAUGGUUAUGAUCUGGAAAUAUUGGUUGACAGAACUGUCCAUGCUGCUGUCCGCCGUUUUUUGCCAUCUAAUGUGGCCAUUUAUGGGCAAGAGAGUCCUGCUUUACUAAGGGAGGAUUUCUCUCUGGCAAUGCAUGAUUUUCUUCCAGUUGCAAUGCGUGAUAUCACAAAAUAUGCUUCUGAUGAUGGCCGUUCAGGAUGGGAUGAUGUGGGUGGUCUUGUAGAUAUUCAAAAUGCUAUCAAGGAGAUGAUAGAGUUGCCAUCAAAGUUUCCAGAAACUUUUGCACAAGCACCUUUGAGGUUACGGUCAAAUGUCCUUUUAUAUGGUCCUCCUGGUUGUGGCAAGACUCACAUAGUUGGUGCUGCUGCUGCUGCUUCUUCGCUUCGAUUCAUAUCAGUUAAAGGGCCAGAGCUGUUAAACAAGUACAUUGGUGCUUCUGAACAAGCUGUUAGGGAUAUAUUCUCUAAAGCAGCUGCUGCAGCUCCAUGCCUACUUUUUUUUGAUGAAUUUGAUUCUAUUGCCCCCAAGAGGGGGCAUGACAAUACUGGAGUAACUGAUCGUGUUGUUAAUCAAUUUCUGACUGAGUUAGAUGGUGUUGAAAUUUUAACUGGUGUGUUUGUGUUUGCUGCAACCAGUAGACCAGAUUUGCUUGAUGCAGCGCUGUUGAGACCUGGUAGGUUAGAUCGUCUUCUGUUCUGUGACUUUCCAUCUUGGCAUGAGAGAUUGGAAAUUCUAACAGUACUUUCUAGAAAGCUACCCAUGGCCAAUGAUAUUGAUUUGGCUACAAUAGCUAAUAUUACUGAGGGAUUUAGUGGAGCUGAUCUCCAAGCUCUCCUCUCAGAUGCACAGCUUGCAGCAGUUCAUGAUGUUCUAGACAAUGUGGAUGCCUCUAGGCCAGAUAAAACACCAGUUAUUACUGAUGCUCUUCUGAAGUUCACAGCAUCCAAGGCUAGACCAUCUGUUUCAGAAGAAGAGAAGAGAAGACUCUACAGUAUAUAUCGUCAGUUCCUGGAUUCAAAGAGAUCCGUUGCUGCCCAGUCAAGGGAUGCAAAAGGCAAGAGGGCAACUCUAGCUUGACAGUAAAGUACUACUGUGCAAUUUGUUCAUGUUGUAGAAGCGGCUCUUUGGUAUUCCUUUCUCCCGAAGAUGUUUUUGGUGUUAAUUUGCAUUUCCUUGAUAGUAAAUUUGUACAGGAGUCGAUGGUAGUUCAGUUCAUCAUUUUUUUAUAAGAAAAAUCAUCAUUUGUUGUAUUUGAUAAUGUAAAUUCUCCCAGCAAUGUUUCGAAUAGAAUAAGAAAAAGAAAAAUGUAUUUGCAAG